AUGCCUAUUGACUGGAGUGAAGGAUGGCUAAUGGGUCUAGUAGUAUUCCACAUCUUCCUCACAACAUUUACAGUUAUGACUCGAAAUCACCACACAACCCAAGCUGUUCUCUUUUUCCUUUUGCUUCUCACUGUACGUUCCUCAGAGACCAUUAACCAAUAUGCGGCGAAAAAUUGGCAGUCUUUCAGCCGUCAGCAGUACUUUGACUCUCAAGGCCUAUUCAUCAGUGUUGUCUUCUCCAUGCCUGUUCUCUUUAAUUGCAUGAUGAUGGUGAUAAACUGGUUAUGGUUAAGCAGCAACAUGAUGGUUACCUAUAAGAGAGUGGAACUAGAGGCAAAACUUCGCAAUGACUCGCGAAGGCGAAGUGAAUCACAGAGAAGUGAAUCAAAUAGAGGUGAGGCGGCUUCCGAACAAGCAGACGAAAGCAAGAAGAGCAAAUGAGGAAUAGUAUAUGGAUUAUUAUGAGGAAAUGGUUAGUUUUGAGAGUGAUUGGAUAUAUAGCCACAAGUGUGCAGGGCAGCAGUCACAAUUUAUUUCCAUGGAUCUUAAGGUUUGGCUUAAAUUACAUAGAAACAAAACUUCUGUGAAAUAUAUUCUGCAUAAUAUUUAGAUUGUUAGCUUAAAUCAUAUAUAAACAUUAUUAUGCAUAUGAUAGAGGGUGUAAUACUUACAAUUGCUAUGCAUAUUUCAUUUUGAUUUCAAAGUGUUUAUAUUAUGGAAAUAUAGGAUGUGCAGUGAUUCAUAGUAAAAGAGUUGGUCUAAGAGAGAUUAUUCUGAAAGGAAUACUUUGUGCACCUUGUGAUUUGUGGUACACUAGUAGAGAAAUAAUAAUAAUAAUAUGAUGUAUUACCUAUAUUUAAGCUCUCUCUUUCUGUUUUUUUUUUAAGAAAUAUGAAGGGAAAGAUAAAGUACCCAGCUGCUAUAUGCUACUGAGAAGUGAUUUAUUGAUAAGUAGUUUAUUACGACAGUUUUCUUUCACAUGUUGUGUGGCACGUUUGAUUUACACUGUUUUAUUUUGGGGCUUCAACUUUCUAUUCUGUACUUAAUUAUACAUUUGUGUAAAUUGUAGGAUCCACACCUCUCUUCAUGAAGAGUUGUUUUGAGUUUUGAUCAUUUUGAUGUAUACUUUUUAAUGUUUUGUUAUUUACUAAUGAGGCUGCUUAAACUUGUAAGGAAUAUCUAUAUGUAAUAAGCAAGUAAUCAGAGGACCCUAAGGUUACCAGAGUUCAUAUUUCAAGGGACAGUAGAUCUAGUCAUUGUUAACUUUUGGAAGUAUUUUGAUUUUGUACAUAAACUGUGAGGAGAAAAGGAGGCAAUCACAUUUCUUUACAUUGAUCAUUUGUACUGCCAUGCACAUAUUCUUAAAGAUAAUGAAAUGCAAAAUUACUUGUGCCAUAGAUCAAUUUGGGAAUAGGAGGAUUUUCUUAUUGCCAAUUUGGAAAAUGUGUGGGUUCUGUUCAUUUUGUCCUAUUCAGUGUGAUGUAAAGAAAACUAGUGUGAUACAUUUUCAUUGUCUUAAAGUGUUAGUCUUUUCCA